AUGAACUAUUUACUCAUCCUAGGCCUUCUUACGCCCCUGGCCCUGGGAGCCAAUCCCCAUGACCACCAGUCGCCGAUUGGCAAUUAUAUGCCCGUGGCCAACGAGAAAACGUCGCUGACGCUGCUUUACCAAAACAACCUUAAUGCCUCGGACGACUCAAACCAUGUCGGUGCCAUCCUCCUGGAUCGCAUGCACCAGUACGAUAUCCGCGAGGCGUGCCAGGAGAUCGGGGAGACCAUGAUCUCCAACGGGACCCUCGAGGAGCAUAAAGAGGAUUUCAAACACCUGUUCUCCUACCUCGUCCACUCGGGCAGAGCCAAUUCGACCAACAGCUACUACAUUCGCAACGGCCUUCUCUCCGUGACGCAGGGCUCCGACAAGUUUCAGGUCCUGCCCUACCCCGGUCGAGACUUCAAAUUGCCCGUGUUGUGCACCCAGAGUGGUGCUCGAUCCAGCGCAGUCAGUUCUCCGGCAGCUAGUAAACAUGCGACUCGGUCCACGGAAUUGCGCAUCGAGUCGGAAGGCAUUUCGUAUGUCGGGUCUCGGGACCAGAAGUCGUUUCGCUUCUUAGGUAUUCCUUAUGCCGACGUGCCGCAGCGUUUCGCGUACGCAGUGCCCCAUUCUCCUAGAGCGAAGGCGAUCCGCGCGACAAAGUACGGGCCCAGCUGCGCCCAGGCACGAGGUGGUAGCGAAGAUUGCCUGUUCCUGAACAUCCAGACCCCGUAUCUUCCGAGAAAGAACUCCAAGGAGGGCUUGAAGCCUGUUUUGUUCUGGAUCCAUGGUGGCGAUUUUACCGACGGGUCUGGUGCCGAUAGUCUAACCGACGGAGGGAACCUGGCUUCGCGCGAGGAUAUCGUGGUGGUGACGUUCAAUUACCGACUCUCCACGUUGGGGUUUUUGGCUGUUCCGGGGACGGACCUGCAAGGGAACUACGGGUUGGGCGACCAGGUUCUCGCUCUCGAGUGGACCGCUAAAAACAUCGCUCAAUUCGGUGGGGACCCCGAUCGCAUCACUAUCGUCGGUGAAUUUGCCGGCGCGGCCUCCGUGAGAGCUCUGUUGGACUCCAACCCUGCGUCGGGUCUGUUUCACGGCGCCGUUGCCAUGUCGAAUCUCGGAGGUGGCAUUGGACUUGGCCGUAAAAACGACUUCGCAACGCCAUUCAGCUCGUAUCUGACCAUCGAAGAAUCAUAUAAUUCUACCGGAAAGCAGGUGCUUGUGGAGGCAGGCUGCGCCAAAGGGACCCCCGAACAGCAAGUCGCCUGCUUACGAGAUGUCCCGGCGUCGAGACUGGUUGGGCUGGAUAGUGUUGCGGGACACAUUGUCCAGGAUGGUCAUUAUGUGAACUCGAAAGAGAUUAAUCUCCUCCGCGCGAGCUGGAAACACCCUGGUAUCCCUGUUAUUUUUGGAAACACUGCCAACGACGGUGCCUCUUUCUGUCAAUACCCACCUGCUUCGAUCAAAACACCGCUGGAAGGAGUUCAAAUAGCCCUGGGGAUUGAUGAAACCCAUGCUCGAAAAAUCAUGGACUCCGGUCUCUUCCCCUAUCGGGACACUGGCAACAUGACUCUGGACUCCUUCAAUGUCGCCCAACGAGUUGCCACAGACCUUCGCGUCCGCUGCGUCAACCAAGCGACAGCGUUCGCCGGCUCCACGUCAGGACGGUUUAAGCCUGCUUAUUACUAUCAGAUGGAAAGGACUACGGGGGGUCGAGAUCCUAAUCACGUCGGGGGACCGAAGGCAACAUCUGAUUUUCCUAAUGGCGACCCUGAACUCCCAUACUUCCGUCUUCAUGGCUCCGAUCUCCCUUGGAUUUUUGGCAACUUAGAGGCUAUCCGAGACCGCUUGGACCUUCGAUCCGUUGAACUCGUAUCGGCCUAUUUCGCCGAAUUUGUUCGCUCAGGCCAGCCGAACCCUUCGACUGACUAUCUUCAAGCGCGCGGAUACUCCGGAGUACUGGAGGCAGUCAACAAUUUUGAUCGGUGGGAAGAAGUCUCGCAUCUUGAGGGACCUAUGCAGCGCUUGGACUUCCCUAGUGCUCGGUCUACUUUCCAGGAUAUCGAACAGUGUGAAUUCCUAGGCUAUCCGAUGACGCAUUACUUCCGAUGGACUUGA